AUGGUGGCAAGCGGACGGGCGGGCGGCCCGGGGCGUCGCCGGCAGAGGGGCGGCACCUGCCCGCACGGGACGGACCCGACUCGGGCUGGGACGGGUACUAGGGCUGGAGCCCGGGCCGGGGCUGGGGCUGGGCCCGGCGGGGUGGGGGCCGGGGCCGGAGGAGGGGAGGGGUGGCGUAGGCGCUCUCACCCCAACCGCCGCUGCACCAACUGCCGGGGCGGCCCGGCCGCGCGCGCCACACGUCAUCCGCGGGGCGGGGCCGGCGCCGCGUCGGCCCGAUGGGCGGGGCGCCGCGGGAGGCCAAGCGCGGCCGGGGGCGGGGCCAUGCGUCUUCGGGCGCCGGCGGAGGAAGCCAUGGCGUCAACACCCGGCGCCGCGAAGAUGGCGUAAAGCGGUAGAUGUUUGGACCUCGUUUCACAGACAAAGAAACUAGGCCCAGGAAAGUGGCGUUGCUCUCUCAAGGUCACGCAGCUACAACGGGAAACGGGCUGAGCCGGGACUCAAACCAAUUAUCCAGAUUGAGAAUUCCGGGCUCCGAAAAAAACUGGAAACAGAAAGGGAGGGAAAAAAACCGUAACCAGGGUCUGCCUAAGUGGAAAGGUGGUCUCGAAUAGAAUAGAACUGUUUUGUGCUAUGGAAGAGCAAGGGUGAGAUGAGGGGAAAUGGGAGUGACUGCUAAUAGGUAUGGGAUUUCCUUUUGGGAUAAUAAAAAUGUUCUAAAAAUGUAUUAUAGUGAUGAAUACACAACUCUAAAUAUGCUAAAAGACAUUCAACUUUACACGUUAAGUGAGUGAAUCAUAUGGCGUGUGAAUUAUAUCUCAAGUUAUUAAAAAAUAAACAGGAAGGGUGAUAGCAUUCUGGAGAAGGGUGAAACUGGAACGUUAUAUGUGGCACUUUCCCAAAUAGUGUGUCUGCUACUUCUGGCCAACUUGGG